AUCAGACUGCAGAUGAUAUGGCAGGUAAAAAUUCCAGCUAAUAUACCGAAAAUAUGGUCUGAUUACAAGAACAUUUUAAAAAGUAUGUCAAUGAAAAAUAUAAUGUUCAGUUUGAAUCCGAUUUAUUAUACACUAUGCACUGACUAAUUGACUAAUGCAUCGUUGGGAUGAACCCAAUAGUUGCAAGAACUGCAGUAUUAUAAUUUAACAUUUUUUCACAUACGUAGAUUUUUGAAAAAAUAUUAACCCGUGGCCCUUUAAUUACUGCUCCUUUGUAAUUGAGGUAAUUCUUUGGACAGCAUCCUGCAUUGACAAAACAACUUUAACAGGAUAACACUGGCAUUUAAAAGGCCUUUGACUCUACAGCAUGCACCCUGGGCGCUCCAUGUCUUGCUAAAUCUCAAGUGUUUAAUCUCCCGUAAUUACACAGAUUUGCUUUAGGUUAAUAAAAAUAAUCCGCCUAAAUUGAGACCCCCUACCUCGACCUCCCCUGUGCCUCCUUUGCCCCUUUCUGUGAGGGUUGAAUUCACAGUCAUAUAAAUAGUCACCUUCGCGAGCCCAACUUUGAUUUCAAGUCUACUCAUUACUGACAAGGCUCCCGAAAUUCAUCGCGUUUGACCUGGCGGGCUGACGUCAUUUCCAUGCGGUGAGAUUGUGUCGCUGAUGAGCGCAUGAAGGUUAACAACAGUUGAGAGGCUCAUCUUUAUCUGUGAUCUUGUCAACAGUAAGACUUCGGCGAAAGAUCCCGGGGGCAUUGCGACGCUACCUUUUCAGGACCUGAUUCUUCGAAGACCGUUCUCUUAAUUACCUGUGCCGUUUUUGUAAUGAGUGCCAGAUAUCCAACAGAAGAAAUGACGACACUGACGGAGGACAGAAGCGGACGGGAGCGACUCGGACUGAGCUUCACUAUCGACUACCUUCUCUUCAACAAAGGAGUCAAAGGAGUGCCAGGAGCAGAGGAGCAGACUGCGAACAAUGUGGUCGCCGCACAGAAAUCGCUAGAGAGGUCAGCAGAGACCGGAGAAAGGAAAGUCCUCGAACAGGAGGGGGAUGAAGAGCAAAAAGAGAAGGGGGAGGAGGAGGCGACCAGUACCACCACAACCACAUCGUAUGGCGGAGAUUUGGACAAGUCUGAGGACAAACCCAACCAGUCUUAUAUCGCGCUCAUUUCUAAGGCCAUCCUGGCAUCUGAGCAGAAGAAGCUGCUUCUGUGUGACAUCUACCAGUGGAUCAUGGACCACUUCCCUUACUUCAAGAGCAAGGACAAAAACUGGAGGAACAGCGUUCGGCACAACCUGUCUCUGAACGACUGCUUUGUCAAAGCCGGCCGCAGCGACAACGGUAAAGGCCACUUCUGGGCCAUCCACCCGUCAAACUACCAGGACUUUUCCAACGAGGACUAUCACUGCCGGAGAACCCGACGGCGGGUCCGAAGGGUGGCCGGACAGCUUCAGCUCUCGCCUCUCAGCUUGCCCUAUAACUUUACCCGUCAACACAGGACAACCUGCUGGUGCUGUCCACCGGUCCACUCGCUCCCCCUGCCCUGCUUGGCCCCCAGACUCUACUGGCCUUGGUCACGUGUGCAGGGGCUUGUUGGCUGUCCACCUAGUCUGCAUGUCGCUGCACCCUAAGGACUGACAACUACAUCCAUGAGCAGUUUGGCAGUGGUUCAACGUCCAGUCAUUUUAGAUUAUUGUAUUAAUAUUUGUCAAUGGUUAUGUCUUGGUCACCAUGUCUUCUCUGGUUUAGGGUAAACCAAAAAUGCAUGAAAGAGUACUGUGCAAAAAAUUCUAGGACACUACAAUGUCACACAACAGUCAUCAUAUAGGAGUAUUUCACUAUUUAUACAUGAAACGGUCCUUUACCCAGAAUCGUCAAAAUGGUGCUGCCCAUCCGUCCAUCAUCCCUCAUGAACCACGAAGUAGCCUGCUAACAGACUUUUGCACAGUACUGCAGUAUUAUAGUGAAAGACCAAAGUAAA